AUGGAAGGCAUGGCCACGAGCAAAACGACGACUCCACCAACCAUUGAGAAGCGGGCAGAAAAAUUUCCGGAAGAAUUGCCGAUGGAGAACGACUUCGAAUUUGUCGAAUACUAUUACUGGAUCGUUAUUGUCACGGGAACUCCAGGCAUCGAAAAAUCUGUCUUUUUCGGAUAUUUUCUUCAGGCACUUCAGAUCAAAACCCUACGCAACCAUCAUAACCGCUUCGUUUUCGAAGACAUCGGUAUUGAUGCAAGUCGUCGUAUUUCGAGGUGAAGUGCUUGUAAUGGCAUCCGAACAAGCAUAUGACUUUAUUGCCGAUAUGCAAAAUGAAGCCGAGAAGCGUGUGGAUGAAGUGUGUUCUGGUACGAUGGACCACCAAAGGUCCGCCAAUAAAGCCUUCCAAGAUGGUUUGCUUUACCAGCCCGAACAAAAAUUGGC